CUCAAAAAGGAAUUUUCGCGAGAAUUUCCUCAAACCUUGACGUGUCGCUUCGUGCUGAACCACACAGCCUCUAGACAGUGAUAUAAAAGUCCACAGAGACAUAUUAUUAUGUGUUACCCCCUUGAAGGCAGGAUGUAGAUGAGUUCUUCCCCUGGUGGAGAAACACAUAACACUGGAGAUUUCAGCAAGAACACAGGGUCUUUUCUGCUCGUGCAUGUCAACACUUAAGGGUGAAGAUGGCCAACUGCACAGUCAAUGUUACCAACGCAAUCCUUAACUUACAAAAAGUCACAUCUAUUCCCACCUUCAUCCUGGGGGUGCUGGGGAACAUAUACGUCUUACUGAUGUUCUGCCGCUCUCCCAGAUCCGAGUGGAACUACAUGAAGAUCUACAUCACCAAUAUGGCCAUCGCAGACUGUGUUGUGUUGGUGAUACUGCCCAUCAAGAUUCAUUUCUACGACAUCCCAUGGACAUAUCCAAAGGAAGUGUGCAAUUUACUUUUGUCUGUUUACUACGUAAACAUGUAUGUUAGCAUCUUCAUCAUGACCGCCAUAAGUGUUGUGCGUUUUGUGGCCAUCAUGUAUCCGAUGAAGGCGAGGGAGAUUCUCUGUUGUAGGAACGCCCUGGUGGUCUGUGCGCUCAUAUGGAUCAUCAUUUGCUCUUUCAGCACGAUUUAUUUUGUGCACGACUCUGAUAAUGACAAAACCAUGUGCUUUCAGAGGACAAGGGAAGGGCUGUCUUUGCUAUUUAUUCUGUUGUUGAGCAUAGUUGGUUUCCUCUUGCCCUUUCUAAUCAUGUUGUUUUGCACCAUUAAAGUAAUCUUUACUCUCAGAAAACAAUUAGAAAUCGGAUCUCGUUGUGAAAAGAUCCAAUGCAUCUUCAUCAUCGCAGCCAAUUUGAUCGUUUUUGUCAUAUGCUUUUUCCCCGUCCACUUUGGAUAUUUCUUCAAGUACAUGGCCUACACCCACAGUUGUGACAUGCAGUUUAUUGCACACAACUUUCUGCACAGUGCUUUCUGUAUUUCUAAUAUGAACUGUGGUUUGGACUGUUUUAGUUAUUAUUUUGCCACAAAAACAUCAUGGGAUUUGUGCUGCAUGAAACAAACAAGAGAGGAAGGAUCUGAGUGCAAUUAUGUCUCGCCUACAAACCUCAAACGCAAUUCAUAGUGCUUUUUUAAUGGAUUUUUCCAUCUUCGAAUUCUUCUUGUGAAAUGGAUUUCCUCUUUAUUCUCAUAAUAAGAGGUUGCAAAUUUAAAGCAGACUUUUACACUUUUGGGACAAACCAAAACACUGGUCACCUCCUCCUCAGAACAUUCAAACUCAAAAACGUAUUUUUACUGAUAAUGACAAAACCAUGUGCUUUCAGAGGACAAGGGAAGGGCUGUCUUUGCUAUUUAUUCCGUUGUUGAGCAUGGUUGGUUUCCUCUUGCCCUCUCAGAAAACAAUUAGAAAUCGGAUCUCGUUGUGAAAAGAUCCAAACCAAAACACUGGUCACCUCCUCCUCUGAACGCUCAAACUCAAAAGCGGCGCCCCUUGUGGGUUUUGAACACGCACUUUCUUAAGUUACCAGCCUAGCCUUUACAAGAUUCUUUGAUCACUACAUCAAAAAAUGCCUUAUUUACUAUCCCUCCCAGAUUGCACACGUACACGUCUCUGAGAUGUCUGUUUUAUAUAUUUUCAUCUGGAUAGCAUCACAUUCUAAUCAACAUCUGCUGAAGAUCUUACAAAGAUCAGAUUUACAAACAUUCUUAAUCAUAAACGUCUCAAAGACAUCUGCUGAACAUCUUACAAAGAUCAGAUUUACAAACAUUCUUAAUCACAAACGUCUCAAAGACAUCUGCUGAACAUCUUACAAAGAUCAGAUUCACAAACAUUCUUAAUCAUAAACGUCUCAAAGACAUCUGCUGAACAUCUUACAAAGAUCAGAUUUACAAACAUUCUAAAUCAUAAACGUCUCAAAGACAUCUGCUGAACAUCUUACAAAGAUCAGAUUCACAAACAUUCUAAAUCAUAAACGUCUCAAAGACAUCUGCUGAACAUCUUACAAAGAUCAGAUUUACAAACAUUCUAAAUCAUAAACGUCUCAAAGACAUCUGCUGAACAUCUUACAAAGAUCAGAUUUACAAACAUUCUUAAUCAUGAACGUCUCAAAGACAUCUGCUGAACAUCUUACAAAGAUCAGAUUCACAAACAUUCUUAAUCAUGAACGUCUCAAAGACAUCUGCUGAACAUCUUACAAAGAUCAGAUUCACAAACAUUCUUAAUCAUGAACGUCUCAAAGACAUCUGCUGAACAUCUUACAAAGAUCAGAUUUACAAACAUUCUUAAUCAUAAACGUCUCAAAGACAUCUGCUGAACAUCUUACAAAGAUCAGAUUCACAAACAUUCUUAAUCAUGAACGUCUCAAAGACAUCUGCUGAACAUCUUACAAAGAUCAGAUUCACAAACAUUCUUAAUCAUGAUCGUCUCAAAGACAUCUGCUGAACAUCUUACAAAGAUCAGAUUUACAAACAUUCUUAAUCAUAAACGUCUCAAAGACAUCUGCUGAACAUCUUACAAAGAUCAGAUUCACAAACAUUCUAAAUCAUAAACGUCUCAAAGACAUCUGCUGAACAUCUUACAAAGAUCAGAUUUACAAACAUUCUAAAUCAUAAACGUCUCAAAGACAUCUACUGAAUGUCUUAUUGACAUCUGAGAGGAAUCGUCUUAUAGACGUAUUGCAGAUUAGCAAACAACCUAAAAAAUGUCUUCCAGAUGUAAGCACAAACCAAAUAGACGUCUAGAAUUAUGUGUAAUAUCAGAGCUGAUAUUAAGCACACGUACUUCACCCAGGCAUCUAUUUGAUGUGUGUUUACAUCUGAAAGAAAUUUUUUAGGUUGUUUGCUCAUCUGCAAUACAUCUAUAAGACUUCUCGGAUCAAUCAGACGUUCAGCAGAUGUUAAUUAGAUUGUGAUGCUUUCCAGAUGACAAGAUCUAAAACAGACAUCUCAGAGAUGUACGUGUGCUAUCUGGGUAUCAGUUACUGUUUCUAUUUCCACUGUUGGAAAGUUCAGCUAUAUUAAGUUUGCAAUAAAUCUAUUAGAGUUUGCAAAAGGAUACAUUGGAUUCUAAACAGACAGAGAACAUUGUCUGUUAACAUUACAAUUUAAUCAACUCAAUGUUUUACUAUAGUUUCACGAAACUUCUACAUUUGUGCGGUAGCUUGCAUAGAAAAUGUCGAACUUCAGCGACUAGUGAUGAUUGACGAUUCAAAAACGAAUCGUUUACAGCGACUAGCAAUGUUUGAUUCAAGAAGGAGUCAUUCUUUGAACAGAAGGGAGUACUGUGGGAGUUAAAUGUAAUAUUGGUCACAGCUUGUGUUUUUAAUAUAGUUAUCAUCAGUAUUUAAUCAAAGCAUUAUUUUACUCUUAAUAGUAUUACAGGCUCAGGGACUCUGGGAGCAUUUGUCAGCGAUGGGUUGAAUGAGUCAUCGAAUCAUUUAAACUAACUCUAAAAUGAAUUGUUUCUAACGUUAUUUCUUGCACGUGGGAAAGUUUGACAAAAAGAUCGUCUCAGAGGGACAGCAUCCCAACUGGGGCAUAAAUUUGCGCUAAACAAAACCAAUAAAGAAUAGUACAAAAGAGAUUGGAAAGGCAUUGUUUAAACGAAUACUUAUUUAUCUACAUUAACUACAUUAUUGAAGACGUGAAACGCCUUCUGGGAUAACACUUUUGAGUGAACGAUUGGCGAGUUGGGUCAUUUGCAUGAACCGAUUCGUUAAAAUGUUUCAGACUGUUCUGACGAUGCCAAGAGCGAGAAAUAUAUCAACACCCAUAGAGAGAGAUUCCUGAAUCUCAGACUUUCACCUCUCUGCAAGAUACAACUGUUAAAGUGUUAACAUAUAUAUUUUACAGUAUAUAUUUGUAAAUAAUGUGUUAUAUAAUCCAAUCGUAAUCUUGAAGGUUUACCUGCUUUAUGAGAUGGGUUUAGGAUAAGAUCACACUUCUAUGGGGUUAGAAUGGUUUCUAAUUAACAUGCAUAUGGAAAGAGAUUCACAAUUAAAGAGAAUGAGAUUUACAAGUUAAUUCACAAAUAAAUAAAAUGAGAUUAGCAAAUAAAAAAAAAAAAUAUUUUGUAACUCACAAACACAACGCUGUCCACAGGGCUGGACUGGGAAUUGAAAUUGGCCGGGGAUUUUACAUAGCGGCACCGUUUUGUGGUCCGUUCUGCAUAACGUGACUGCUCAUUUUAGCUUAUCGCGGCCCGUUUCGCGGCAGACCCACCGGCCCGCUCGGUUGUCCCAAUGGCCACUCCCCUGAUCAGCCCCAAAGUGCGUCGGCCCACCGGGAAAAUGCCCGGUAUGCCAGCUUACCAGUCCAGCCCUGUUUGUCCAGCAUUUAUUGAUUGCUUGCUGUGCAUUUGUGACUUCUGAAACAUUUCUGGAGGCAAUCCACAAAUAGGUGGACUCCACCCAACGUCUACUCAAGCCAUUCAGAUAACGGCCACAUUACUCGGCCUAAUCGUAGCACGUUCUAUCUUCAACCAAUCAUGCUUCGUUUUACUAUCAGGGCGGGACCAGAGUCACAGAGCUCUCAUGAGCAUGGAAUCGAGCACAUACAGAUAAGCUCGUAAGAAACAGACUCCAUCAGAGGAAUACGGUGAUUUAAGGUUCCUAUCAUUUUCCCUGAUGCGUACUGUCUUGUUAAAUGUCGACAGCUGAAAAUUGUCCAUUUGUAGAGUGUCCUGAUCAUUAGCUUUAUAGCAACCUGGCUGACUGUAUGAGAAACGAAUACCCUAUAUUACACAGUGUACAAGAUCUGCUACGGCAAUAAUUUGGUUUAAUUUUUUAUUUAAUUUCUACGAAUCACCUUACAUUUAUUAGUGCACCAUCUCUUUCCAUUUGUAUGUUAACUAGAAACAUUUCUAACCCCAUAUACAUUUGUCUUCUAAUCGUGCAUGUGCAAAGGUUUGUCUUUUUGUAUUUGGCAUCUCUUGAGGUCAGGUAUCCUUUAUUCCUAUAUUUAUAAGUGGCUGUCAAAAUGUCAUGUUUGUUGCUUGUAUGGGUUAAAUGUAUUUCUAUGUUGGUUUCACGUGUGAUCAAAUGCAUGUUUCAGUAACACUUUACAAUAUCCAUAUUUUACAUAUUGCAUGUUAAUGUUCAAUGGGUCACAAUGGUGCAUUGAAUAAAUAUUUAAUCUUAUACAAAAAACUGUGUCAAUUAUGUAUCUUAUUAUCUACAUUAUGUAAUAUUAGCAUUACAAUUUUAAAUUUACAGUAAUGUGUCAUUAUAAACAUCUAUGCAAAAUGAUAAAGUGGCAUAAUUCUGGGUUUGUUUUAACACAAGGUAAUUGCAUUUGUCUACAGAAAAUAUUAUUAACAAAUCUACUGAAAAUAUUGGUAAUUUUAAGAGUUAUUUUUACAACCUAGCCCAAUAUCUGGGUAAGCUGUAACACUGCGAUAUGACAUAUACAUGUGGAAACUCUUGAGCCUGCAUGGUCCAGUUUGCAUGACUA